CCAAACUUGCGCGCUGUUCAGCCAUCACCAUGGAAACCAAGUCACGCGCGUGUCAAUCACGAUCCACCAUAGCAGCCGUGUGACUCUGAACCCUCUGUCUUCGAGUUGACCAGCACGUCUCAGAAGUGGGAGAAGGACAAAACAAUUAAUGGUGUCUCUAGUCAAACAACACAACAUGGAGGAACAUAGCAGAGGGGACACCGAUGGUCUUCUUCAACAAGACAUUAACAACAACCGAAGUGGAUCUGAACAGCAUCGUUCACCUCUCAGACCAGACCCCUGUGACUUCCUGUUGGAUGCUAUUGAUGCUCAGCUUAAAAAACUGCAGGUCAACACCUGCAAACAAGACGGCAGAAAAUCAGCACCAUUUAAGUGGAGUGAGUCUCUGAGCAAGGACACAGGACUGGGCAGUACAGUGUCCCAGACAAAUGACACUCCCAUGUCUUGUUUGGAUUUAAUGGACUCUCCAACUGCAGAACAAACAUCAGAUGGAAGUAUCACAGCUCCUGUCCCAUUCGUGGAGGCUACAAAGGACGUGGAUGUAUGGACAAUUAGCAAAAUGGGGACGGAGUCUCACAAGGAGCAGGUCCUGUGGAGACUAGAAAGACUUCUGGGAGACGCAUGUGAGCAAGGUGCAAUUUCAGGUGAAGACCAUCUUCCUUCAGAAAGUAUCUGCACUGAGGACUUUGUGAGAUGCUUUCGACUGGAGAUGGUGGAUUUGGCAAUGCCACAGGGCAAUGUACAAGAGCUGGACACAGAGGAGAAGGCUGAGAGGACACUAAUCUCUGAUGCUGACACUUGCCAGAGUCACCAAAAUAUAGACAGUGGUGUCAGUUCUGCAUAUCGGAAUGAGAAAAGCAAUAAGUACAAGCCAGAACAAAAGGAUCAAUGUCCUUCACACAGCCCUGGAAUUUCAAAACUACACAAAGGAGUUGGACCUAGGCACAACACAUCACAGAUUCCUGAAGAUAGCUGCAUCAUUUACGACCCAGAGAUGGAAAAAGAACAUCGGAACCACAAGCAUAUUUCUUCUCCGAAAGCCAGGUGUUUAGCAGGCGUACAACUGUGGAAUUUUGACACAGUGUCUAUUGACAGUGAUCUUGACUCGGUCUGUACAGUGCAAGUAAGAGAACAUCUCCUGAAACGUGCCGGAGAUUUUCAAAACAAAAGCUCUCUUCUCCCUAAAGCUCAGUGUGGUAGAGGAGAUAUGUCAAGAGCUGAGUUUUCUUUGGGCAAUGAGCACAAAGACUUAAAUGAGGAGUCAAAUGAAGACUGGAGCAGGAGGUCCCAGCUUGAGAGGGCAUCAGAGAAAAUGCACUCAGCUUGGGAGAAAAUGAACACUCGACUGUCCUCCCUGAGACAAAAAUGUGAGAAAGAGGAGGAGACUCUACGAAUGAGAAAGUCUCAUUUAGCUGAGGUUGAGCACUCCCUCUCUGAAUUGCAGCUGAGGAGAAAGCAUGCCAUGCAGGAUCUGGAGCGUCUCAGUGCUGAGUCGGAGCACAUGGAGACAGAAAAAAAACAACUUGAGCAUUUGCUAAAAGACAGUAAAGCAGAUAGAGACUCAAUGAGUUGCCAGUUGCAGAAACUUCAGAGGGAAAAAGAGUCUUGUGUCAUAGAGCUUAGAAGUAUGGAAAAAGAACUAAAGAAGAAAGAACAGUUCUGUGUGGAAAAGAACAACAUGUUUGUGUUGGAAAGGCAGGAGUUGGACAGACAGCUGGAUUGUGCCAAAACUGAACUCUUCUCUGAGCAGCGGCGGGCAAGAGAGAAGCUAGAAUCCAUGCAACAAAUGUUGGAGGAAACUUGUGAGGAACUAUUGAGGGUCUCAGAGGCAGAGACCUCACUGAGGAACAGAUGUACUUGUCUGGAGGGGAAAGAGAGGCAGAAAAAUGAGGAGAACGAGAGAAUUCAGUGUCAAACACGUGAACUGCAGAGAGAACUGGGAGCUUGUAAAGCUCGCGUUGACACACUGGAGAAAAUGUUAGAUCAAAAGGAGCAACAACUGCUGGACUUACAGGAGAAACGUGGAGGCUUACAAGCAGAAGGAGACAGAUUGAGGGGGGAGCUAGAGUUCACGAAAGGCCAACACUACAAUGCUCUUAAAGAAGCCAGAGAACACACACACUCAACGAUGGAGGCAGCUCUGAAGCAGCAGAUGAAAGAUUUAGUCUUGACCCAUGAGCAGCAAACACAAAAGGCAAGGGAAGAUGAAGCAAAAAGACUGAAGAAUUCUCUUGAGCACCAGAAGGAGGAGUCCAAGAAACGUGAAGAAGAGCUGCACACGGAAACACUGGAAAAGGUGCACAAGGCCAUAGAAGAGGAGAGGAGGAAGUGGGAGUUAGAGAAGAUGGAAGCUGUGCACUUUCACUGUAGUUUACUGGAAGAGCAGAAUAGGAAGAGCCUGGAAACCGCAAGGAGUGAGAUGCAGCAAGAACAGAAAAAUGUACUGACUCUUCAGGACAAAGUGACAGAGAUGCAACGUAGAGUCCAAGAGCUGGAAGGUGAGCGCAUUGUACAGCAGCGAGAGCACGAGUCUCUGCGCACCGUCAUCUGCAGGUCACUGAAGGAGGAGCACCAGGCCGAGAUGGAGAGGUUGCAGAAACACAUGCUGCAGGAGAGUGGGAGGACUGUGCUUCAGCUGGAGCAGGCUGCUCUGCUGGCAAAGGGAGAAGCUGCAAAGAUGCACCAGAUGCUUGAAGAGAAGGAUAUAAGCCAUAAUGAAGCCAAAGCUGAGCAGGAGCAGCAGAUCAGGGUCUGGGCUCAGAAGUUGGUGGCUGAGUGUGAGCAUCUCCACCUCUCAAUGGAGCAGAGUGGUGGCAAACAAAAUACACUAAAGCUCAUUCCCAGCCCUACCAUAGAUGAGGCUAUAACCUACCUGAAGUCUCUAGAAGACCCCUUGAAGCUUUUGCUUCAGGAGUUGGAUACACUGAAGCAAAGCAGUGAGCAGCUGCUUAAAGACAAGGAACGAGAGUUAAGGAUUCAGAGGCAACAGUUGAGGACCGAGCGAAACCUAGUCUUGGAUUCUCUGAAGGAACGUCUCAUUCAGGAGCACAUUGAGGAGCUGAGCAGUCUGAAAUGUUUUUUUACGAGUGACGGGGGGCUGGAGGCCUCUCUUCGCAAGCAGCUGGAGGCCAAAGACAUGGAGCUGAGGCAGAUCCAGAGGAACAUGUCUCAGUGGAAAGAACAGACCACUGCUCGUCUGGCCUGCAAGUUUGAGGAAGAGUUGACCGCCGAACUGGAAAGGUGCAGGACAAAGUUAUUAAAGGGCAGGUAAAUUAUGUAAAGGGAGAAGAAUAGCUGAAUACUAAUACUGAACUGAUUCUAACCAGCAUGAUCUCACCUUCACUCACUGAUAUUCUGAUUAGUCCAUAGUCAACCAACCUUGUAGAGCACUGCUAUUCAAUUGGUGGCACGGGGCCAUUUUUUCAACAAAUUUCUAAAAACACCAGAGUUAUUCUGUUAUAUAGAGGAACUUGGACCAUAUUAAACACAUUGGCAGAUCCUUGUAUUAGCAUUUUAACCUCCUGAAGGCCCGCGUCCACAACAGUGGACCUUUUGUAUUUUGCUUAACAGGGCUAUGUUCUGAAGAAAUUUGCAACUGAUUAAAAUAAAUUGACCAAAAACAAAAGUCUCCUGCGUAUGAUGCUGGUUCUCAAAAUAAGAAUAAUAUUGAAGGGAGAUGUCUAAGCCCCCUGGUCCUUAGCUUUCAGGAAAUGUAGCCCCCAAAACAAUUUAUUUGAAUAUCCCUGCUGUACACACUACUUUUUUUUGCUGAUCCAGGUGGGAAUACCAAGCAAUACUGAUGAGAUUUGUGUGUGUAAUGUAAAUGCUAGCCUCAAGAAAUCAUUUAAAGGCAUCAUGCAAAUUGACCGCACAGGUUGAUAGCAAACAUGGAGCACAGGUACAACAUUUUGACAUUUAAACAGUACGAGCAAACAUGAACACUGGGGUCAAACUUGUGAUUUACAUAAUUGAAGCGUUCAUCAAGGCCACCCUUUAGGGUCACCUCCUUUUCGUCAGGAACACAUUUUUUUUGGCAUGUGAUUUAUGUAACUAAGGUGUUGCUGUGGCUUGUUUUUUUUUUCAGAUAGUCAGUAGCCAUUUGUUCAGCUGUAGUUACUCAUGGUGUUCCUCAAGGGUCCAUUUUAGGUCCUCUCUUUUUCCUCAUCAAAAUUGCUAUUCAACUGGUGGCACGUGAGUUAUGUGCAAAAAACUUGUGAAAGGACUCACAUUUUUGCAGCAAUUGAGUGCUGUCUAGAGAUGACUGCGUGUCUUUUUUCAGUAGGUUCUUAAAAACCUGAGUGCUGCGGUAACUCUGCCAAAAGAAAUAGACCAAAAUUAAAUGUCCUCUAUAGAGGAUGCUUACUUUUCUGGAAACGUGGCCCCGAGAAUAAUUUAGUUGAAUAGCCCUG